AUGUUGCAAUUGGAUGGCGCGUAUCCCUCUUUGGAGGAUAUUGAGAAGACCGAUGAUCUUUUAGAUUUAUUACUGAUAGCGGAAGAACAUCACGUACAAUUUGAUGAUCUGAGUUCGGUCCCGGAACUGAAAGAGAGGCUGGUGCUAGAGUAUUGGCGACGGAAGGGACGCAGACCCUAUGUGGAGAUAAGUGAGUCCAUGGCUCGUGACGGAAAAGAAGACAAAGCUAAGCGACAACAAUUGAUCGAGAUGUUCCAGAAACUGCUGCGGAUAGUUCAACCCUCCGAUGAGUCCCAAAAUCAAAAGUUCGUGAACGACUUUCUCUCCAGCGACGGAACAACGGAUAACAUUCUGGAAGACUGCAACAAGCGCAUUCGCGAGUUGGGAAAAGACGAUGCGAUCCUGCUCGUAGCCGGGAUGGACAGUGUACCAUUCAACUCGUGUUCGUGCUCUUCCCUUAUCACCUCUGUACGGUAUGUCCCACGGCGACAGUUUCAGCUCAUCUUCAAGGACCCGAGCAAGCCCAUUUUUGAAACGGAAAGCCCCAAGGAGUUGUCCAUGACUCGCAGGAAAGCGAAGUGGGAAGAUCACGGGGUGAAGGAAGUUCGAGUCUACUUGCCAUUAGAUAUCCUUAAGGGUGGCCUUGUUUUAACGGAUUCAUCAAGCAUAGGCAAGGAAGAAUUUUUAGAAGACUACUUAAUGGAGUACAUAGCCGAGAACGACGUACUCGGCUUCAUCUACGUAAUAUUUUCCGACAAUGCAGGUGGUGUUCAGGAAGACAGACUCCUUCAAUUGCUAAAACUAGUUAUAAAAGAGCAGAAGAAGAACGACAAAGCUCUUCCGUUUGAUCCCAAAGCUGCUAUGUUUGUGGCCAAUAGAUUUGAUGCCGUCGUAGAAUCGGAAAAAGAAACGGUCAAGCAACACAUAACUUCUAUGCUGAGGAGCUGUUACCCGCAGUUCGACGACUCGAAAAUAGUGUUCUUUUCCACGCAGAAUGCCAAACGCGACAUUGCAGCUCACCCUGAUUACAUCAGUGAAAACUUCCGGACUCUCAUUGACUCUCUCAGCAGGCUUUAUUCGUAUGUUACAGAGCGUCGCCUUCGGGUGUGUUAUAAAUGGAUCGAGUACAUUCUUCAACGAGUAAGUCAUGUCAUGAAAUCUGCAACAACACGUUUCGCAUUGUCAAAAAUAGAAAACACAGAGCGAUCACGUAGGCACAGGCACAGAUUGGAGAAAUUACAGACUGAUGCUGAUGACGUCAUUAAGGAGCUGCGAGCGGAAGUGGUCGAUCAAGCUAAGAAGAUAUCACAGGAGCUUCAAAGGCACUUGCAACAACCUAUGACAAAAAUGCGCCUUACAUCGUCGUGGAAAGACGGCGAAAUACCAUACGUUCCAUAAAAAAUUUGUCACGCAAGUCACUGGCACUGGUUAAUGAUCAAACAACGCGUUGACACAGCCUUUUACGACAGGGUUUACACAGAACUUGAGGACUGGAGUCUUGAAAACAACACCAUUGAUAAGAUUGAAGCGGAAAUAGUAGCACGCAUCGUGUCAAAACUUAGUGUUUUACAAGCUGAGAUUACGUCAUCGGAGAAUUCGCUGAAUACUACCAAACAGUCAACCGGUUCCUCGGAUAGCGAAAACCGGCCAAUGCCACUGAAAUGUUUCAAUUUGAAGCCAAGCGUGAUUGAAAUACCUGACAAACUGCCUGUGAAAUUAUGACAUAGAAUAAAACCGUUCUUCGCGUUUGAUAGGAGAAAGGAGGCCAUGAGAUUUGACAAAGAUCCGGUGCAAUGGGUGGCAAGGCGAUCAGAAAAGUUGUUGUCAAAGUUAUUAAAAAAUAAAAAACACGACGGUAAUGGUCCAUUAGACAUUUUGCUAGAAGUUCUAAUGCAAAGGCCCUGCGACAUGAUUGAUCUUCUGGAAGACAAGAUACCUACAAUCAUAAAUGCAUACGUUGAGCUUUUAGAUAAACUUGAAGAGCUCGCAGUGGAUCACAAGCGAGAUGCGAAUAUGUAUGAGAAAAUGCUAGAAGAAAUCGAACAGCUGAAAACUGAACUUAAACAUUACGGGGAAGGUAAUGUUUUUGUAAAUCAUUUCAAACUUAGUGAAAUCCGCGUCAUUACUGGUCAACUCGGUGGGAGCCUGCAUAAAGCAUUCCGCGUAAGCUGCAUCUUAAAGGAAGAUGAGCCGGGCAACAAAGGGCUGAUCGCAGCAGAUACCCCCCAUGGUCUCUGGACCUAUGUUCAAGCUGGGAUGUUUCAGAGAGACGGGACGGAAACGCCGAUAACUAAACAAUUGUACACGACAGCGUCCGGUAUAGGUUGCAACCAUCGCGAAGUCGCUAAACUGAGAUCCCUCUUGAGUACAGACUCCCAUAUGGCCGAGUUCUUGGGAAUACACCAUACCGAUGCAAUAAUUCCUUCGUAUAUAUUUGAUCAAAGACUGGUGUCACUGUCGAAGUUUUUGAGCAAUAAUGACACACCGGACAAUUAUUUUCACAAGGUUUUGCUCGAAACAGCAAGCGGACUUUUCAAUCUACAUUCUAAGGGGCUUGUACACAUGGAGAUUUCACAACAUACGAUAACAGUCACGGAGAAAGGAGACGUAAAGCUGACAGGGGCAUGUGUGCCACAAAAGGCAUCGUUCCCCAUUGAUGGUGAAGCAAAGGCGGGCAACUUCGUGUACCUGCCGCAUGAUGUAUUUAACGAUGAAUUGUACAUUACAUCUGGGGAUGUUUAUGGGUUCGGACUGUUGAUGUAUGAACUGAUGUACGAUCGACUGGCGUUCGAUUCUAAAAGGUCUUACAGAAUUCGUGAUUUUGUUCGAGACCUAAAUCCCAAGGCCAUGUUGGGUUUGGACCAGGACAGCGGUGGACUUCCUGCUCCUGUUGUUCGCCUUGUCCAAAUGUGCGUGAAGAAGUUAAACAGCGAAAGGUCAACGAUCAGCAAUGUUCUCAACAAACUUCAGGUAGUGGGUGACGAUUUGUCGAAAGUUCCAGUUGGUCAAUGAGAGAAGCUAGCUGCUGCCCAUCGAUAGAGAAAGCACUACGGAGUUUCGACCGUAUGAAUACUCUUCCACUGGAUAUGGGAAUCCAUUGCAGACUAAUCCGUUUCAAUGUGGUGAGUCGUACGGCAUGAUAGACGUCAGGUCGUCAACGCACCGCUAGCGUUACGCCAGUGCUACAUGAGCAUGCCGCAAGUCUACAGGGCGUCAUACUCGUUGACAGUACCUACGACACCUCGUUAUAAGGCGGCACUACGGAAAACCGUUCGCACCGGUAUAUGGCCGGUUACGUAAUACGUCAUCAGUACGUUCUACUUCCGGGCAUAGUCUGCUCGGCGUUUGACAACGUUCUACUUCCGGGCAUAGUCUGCUCGGUGUUUGACAGAACACUACUUCCGGGCUUCAUACAGCUCGGGUAUCUACAGUCUACUUUCGGGCUUCAUACAGCUCGGGUAUCUACAGUUUACUUCCGGGCUUCAUACAGCUCGGGUAUCUACAGUCUACUUCCGGGCUUCAUACAGCUCGGGUAUCUACAGUCUACUUCCGGGCCUGAUACAGCUCGGGUUAUCUGCACUCUUCUUUCGGGCUUGAUACAGCUCGAUGUUUGCUACUUCGCAGAACGCUACGACCAGUGCUCAGUUGCGGUUCUGGUCAUUGACGGCUGGACAUCAGUAAAGGUCGUGACACUCAAUAUUACUCCACCGCCACAUCUACCGUGCGACUUUAUCAUCUACAGUUGGACUACGUCAUCGGCAUGUUAACUGGCCAUUAACUUUUAUACUUUGUUGCUUAUUUCUUUUCAUAGUCAUAUCAUAUUGUAAAUGUUUUUUUUAAUGUAAUAACAAUAAUAAUCUUUUUAUUUUCUGAAGGUAACUCAUUAAGACAACACAUUGAUACAAAGUUAUGCAAACAGUUUAACAAUGGCAAUCUUAUUUUCAAUGAGACCUGCAAACAACUAUGGUAUGUAUAAUGCAUUUCUGCAUUAAAAUGCAAA